GCUGACGUGCUAGUCCUCGCCGCACGGGACGCCGUUGAGCUCUCUGGAGGGCCCACAAUCGCUGUCCCUUUGGGCCGCAAGGAUUCUCGCCGCCGUCCAAGCCGCAGCCUCACCGAUUCUUCGCUGCCGUCAGCCGAUAUUGGGCUCGACGCCGCGCUCCACCUCUUCUCCAACAAAAGCAUCACACUCGAAGAGACGGUCGCCAUUUUGGGGGCUCAUACCCUUGGAAUCACACAUUGUUUCAGCCUUAGAAGCCGUUUAUACAAGUCCGGCAAUGCAAUGCAUGCCGGAUUUGUAAAUGCAUUGAAGUUGAGGUGUCCUGCCGAUCAGGAUGCCUCGGCUUCAAAAGUGAAGUUCGUCACGAAUGAUUUGACACCUGUACUAUUCGACAACGAGUACUUUGUGAACACAAUGAGAGGUCGAGGAGUGCUCAAGAUUGAUGCUGCAAUGCCUUUGGAUUCAAGAACUAGGCCAUUUGUUGAGAAGUUUGCUAGUGAUCACAAUGCAUUUUAUCGAGCCUUUUCAUCGGCUUUUGUUAAGCUUUCUUCUUCUAAUGUUCUUACAGGAAAACAAGGUGUGAUUAGGAGGAGUUGUAAUCGGUUGAAUUGAUGAUUCAGGGGAAAUUCUCUAUCGAUUAUGACUUUGUACCAAUUAUAGGUUUCUACUAUACUAUUACUUAUAUUUGGAAAAUUAUGGCAUUCCUACCAAUUUCA